CUCGGAGCAGACCAUCUUGCCUCGCGCAUCGCUGCAGUGAUCUUCUGCCCGCGCGCCGUCCGUCUUGUAGUAAAUAAUGGCGGCCUCGGGAGGUGGAUUUACUUCGCUUUCUACCGCAGCGGGUCUCGGCACUCACGCACUACCGGCCCGGGCUCGCUUCCCGGGCCGUCCGUGCGUUACUCGCAGCAAGCUGCGCUCGGAGAAACGGACCAGACGAGGAAGAUUGGUCUCGGCCGACGGCGAGCUGGCUGAUGGAGGGCCGAGGCCCGUCAACAUCGGCCUUGCGUUAAGCGAGGAUCCGUCUCUGCUACGCCUGCUCGGGCUGACGGAGAAACACAGUCGGCAGAAAGAUGCAGGGUUUGAUUCCAGUAACAGUGAAGGGGAGGAAGAUUUCACUGGAUUUGGAACAACAAAAGCUGGUCAACAGAAAAGUACAGUUGUGGUUUUGCAGCCAUCCCUCAGGCAAGCCAAGGCUCCUCGAGCUUCAGAAAAGCCGUCAGGAAACAAGCCUCUUGUUGGAAAAAUAAUUCCCAAGACCCCAAAAUCAUCUCUCAUUGGGAAAAUUGUGCCAAGGAUCCCCAAGGAAGGACAGGAUGUAAAAGAGAGCCCAGUUAAAGACAAAGAAACCCCACAAGUGUCAGUCAAAGUUCAGGGGAAGCAGGAGGCUCCUGAUGCAAAAAUCAAAAAUGCAAACAAACAGACUUCAGGUGAACAAAGCCGUAUAAAAUCAGCUGAUGCUGUAGGCAAAGCAGGUGGAGCUGCUGGCCUCACCAAACACCAAGAAGGAGUGGUGAGCUCUCUCAGAUCAGAGAAAAAUGCCAAACAGGCCAACAGAAGCAAUGAAGGCGAGGUGUUUGAGGAGUUGGAUCAAUCUCUGACAAAAGGAUCUCUGAACAUUAAAGGUGGCUUUCUAAUGAGACACCCCAGGCGUUCCUCUGAAGGAGUCGCCCUGACAUUUGCGUCCCUUCAUAAACGUCGUUGGAGGAGAAGGACAGCUCAGGUGACAGGUGUUACUCCAAAAGCUGAGGUGGAAGCUGGUCCUCGGAGUGGACAAGAGGCAGUGAUGCAGCUUGAGUGUAAAACUGUAGAGUCAUCUGUAAAGAAAGUCCAUAAGAAACGCAAAGUUUUGCUUGGGUACAAACGAAAACCGCAAACAAGCAUUCCAGGUAAUAGUAGUCCAAAAAUCAAAAAGGUGCGCUCUCGACGGGUGUUUUACGCCUAUGUACCAGAGCCGCUUCCGUCUGUGGGCGGCGACCAUCUGCAGAUUCAAGGUCAGAGUGCCGCCCCGGCAGGGGAGGAGGCAAGAUCAAGUUUAGAACAGAUAGAUCAGAGCUCCAACAAUUCAUCCACAGCUGUAACAAGUGGACGGUCUUCCCGCGUUAUUAAAACUCCCAAAAGAUUCCUGGAUGAGGAAAUCGUCCCCUUUCCAAAGGGCUCUUUAUCAACAUGGCUGAAAAGUCAGCAAAAAGACGAAUUUGAUGGUAACUCACACCCGUUGGACAGCGACUCCACACCUGUGUUUGACGGCACCUCUGGUGUCUCCAAAAUCCCGGGUAGAUCCAGCCCCGGAGCGAGCCACAUAGAGAUCUACAAGAACUUAAAGAAGCUGACUCUAAAGCUGGCGGAGAAGAAGAAGGGCCAGGCUAACGUUCAGGAGGAUUACCCACACGAUGGAGACCGCGUAACAUCUCCUGCCAGGAAGAGACGAAGGCCGAAGAUCAUGAUGGAGGAGCUGGACUCUCCUGGAGUGGUGAGGAAAGUGGCUGUGGUGGUGGAGGCAGAAGGGGAAUCUCUCAAGCAGAUCCCAUCAGAAGAUACGGGCAAAGAGGCUGAAGCAGCGAGUGUGAGGGAGGACAGCAGUGAGAUGUUGGAAACAGCCGGUCCCAGCCACCGGAUUGGUCUCAGCGGAGCUAAUAAGAGGAUGCUCCACCUGCUGAAGAAAGCUAAAGUCCAGCUAAUCAAGAUUGAUCAGCAGAAGCAGCUGAAGCUGUCGCAGUUGAGCUCAAAAGAAUCACAAGUACCAGUGAGUGGAAAGAGGAGAAGGCGGAGGAGGAGAGUUGGUCUGUCUUCCAAAGAAAUUCCUGCACAGGAGCAGCCUCUCAGAGGUCCGAGGAUCAAACAUGUGUGUCGGGCGGCAGCGGUAGCUUUAGGGCAGCCUCGUGCCAUGGUGCCGGAUGAUAUUCCCAGGCUCAGCGCUCUGCCGCUUCACGAGAGGGAGGGCAUCACCUUUUCCCCCACAGCCGAAGAUGUGGCUGAUGAUGAUGAUGAUGACGACGAUGACGAUGACAUCCCUGAGCAGGGUGAGACCCAGUGGGCCGUCUCACAGGAAAGCAUCCCGCGCCGAAGGCGGGGUAGGGGCCACAAGUUCAGACGGAGAAAGAUAAUGAGCGGGCAUGGAAUCCGUUCCCGACGCUGUAGAGUCUGCACAGGCUGCUUGGUGGAGGAGGACUGCUCCAAAUGUAUAAACUGCCUGGAUAAACCCAAAUAUGGAGGACCCAACACAAAGAGGCAGUGCUGCAUAUUCAAGAAGUGUGAACGGAUUGAGAAACGAAAGUUUGACCGUGCUUUCAAACCGCUGAAAAUCUGGGCCAGGCAGUACUCCGGCUCCACAUCAGGCAAUGAAUCAGCCUUGGGCACCAGAGAGCCUGACGAAGGAUUGGCCCCGACAGCGCUGGGAAUCAAGAAGCAUUCGCUGCGUAAAACUAAACCGCGUUCCUACAGCAAACUUCUUAGAUCUGAAUCUGAAGGAGAGGGCGAAGAAACGACGGCCAACAAACCUGAUGCGUCCAGCCAAGAUGUAGCUCCCCAACAUGGCGGUUUGCUGUUGCAUGAUCGAAGGCCAUUUCCCAAGAGUGCCAGCAGCCGACCGAGAGCCCACAAGUGUGACUUUGGAACCCGUCUUGCUGGUUGGCUUAGGCAGUCCCCUCCUUCACAGGAACAGGAGAACACAGAAGUGGCGGAGUCCAGAGAAACUUUGCCUGAGUCUGGAUCCACUGGGAGCCCAAAGCUGCAGAAGCAGCUGCAGAUACACUUGUACCGUCUGCCUGAAUCUGUCCUGAAGUCUGCUGUUCUGUGCUCGCGAUGGCAGCCGCCUCAGUUUGUGGAUCGCUGUGGUGCGCAGUCCCAGCUUAUAGGACAACCUGCUACUUCGCUGAUGAGCCCUCCUCCAGAAUUGACCAAACCAGAAACGCGACCUGCGUCUCCACCCUCACCACUUCACAAUCCAGAUUCUUCUCAGAAAUGCCCGUUGUUGCGUUUGCAACAUUUGCCUUGUUCUACGAUGCAGUCGGCUUUCUGCCGACAGAGAGCCGUACCAUCUGCACCUCAAAAGGACCUAAAACCUGCACUGCACGCAACUCCGACAAAGGCUUCCUCACAGAUGUGCUCAGGAGGAAAGGAGUCUGAGGCGACACAUCCAGGCUCCCUGAUGGAGAAACGCAAAGAGAACACAGAUAAAGCUGCCGGCCAAGGUGUGCCAGAAACACUGUCGACUGUUAGCCCAAACCUAAAGGAGGCUGUGCAAGAGGAGAAGGACUCAUGUGAGGGGCGGUCUGAAGAGGAUAAGGACAGCUCUUCUGUUAAAGAGACGAUGCUGCAAAGAUGUCCAACAACUGACCCUCACUGUGUCCUUCAUUCCCAGAGUCCUGCUGAUUGUGCAUCAGUGAACACCCUGACGGGGACAACCAAUGGAUUUCCCCGAAGGGGCCUGUUGCAGAGUAAGCACAAGAUCCGUGUAGAUUUCAAGGAGGACUGUGCCAUCCAGAACGUCUGGCUAAUGGGCGGCCUCAGCGUCCUCUCCUCCGUACCAACAACCCCUCAGCCAGUCUGUAUGCUCUGUGCCAGCAAAGGAAGACACGAGAUGAUAUUCUGCCAGAUCUGCUGUGAGCCUUUCCACAGUUUCUGCCUCUCUUCCGAGGAGCGCCCUCAUCAGGAGUCCAAGGAGAACUGGUGCUGCAGACGCUGCAAGUUCUGCAACGUGUGCGGCCGCAGAAACAAGAGCUCCAAGCCUGUGUUGCAAUGCAGGAGAUGCCAGACCUCCUACCACCCUUCCUGCUUGGGACCAACGUACCCCAAACCGCUGAACUGCUACAUGCCCUGGGUGUGUAUGACAUGCAUUCGUUGUAAGAGCUGUGGCGUGACUCCUGGGAAGACUUGGGACAUGGCCUGGAACCACGAGCAGGACCUGUGUCCUGACUGCACCGCUCUCCACAAGAAAGGUCAUUUCUGCACUAUUUGCCUCAAGUGCUAUGAAGACAGCAGCCAACCCUCAGAGAUGAUUCAGUGUUUGAAGUGCAGCCACUGGAUUCACCACAGCUGUGAAGGACUUUCAGAGGAGCUUUUUGGGCUGCUGCCAAAUCAGACGGAGAAGGCGGACUUCACCUGUGCACCGUGCAGACAGAAACACACCGACAAGCGCAGCCUGAAGGAGGAACUGCAGGGCAAACUGAAAGCCGGGCUGGAGGAGGUUCUUGAUGUCCUCCUGACCUCCAGCAGCACUCGGCACCUUCUGGUCUGUAAAGAGUGUUUGGAAAUGAACGUGACUCCAGCUGAUCAGGAACAGCAACAGAUCUGUGAUCUAAAAGCUCUAGAGAAGAAAUUUAGAGGAGAUGGCUACACAUCAAUAAAAUCGUUUCAUUUGGACGUCGUCUCUGUGAUGAGAAAGUGGAUAAAGGAGGAGGAACGUCUCCCCGAGGAUGAGAGCCUGGCAGCUCAGUCCCAAGCACACUACAUCCAAGUUAUGAAGCAGGUUUUCAGUUGUUUUCCGACAUUUCAUCUCAAAAAAUGGAACUCGUUCUCCGAGGAAUUUCCAAGUGGGAUGCUCCCAGAGGCGGUUCUUCCACCUUCUAAGGAGCACAGUUACGCUCAGUGGGUGGAGAGGACAUACCAGCCCAAGGACCCACAGGCGGACCGUGUGUCGUCGUCGUUGGACGUCAUGCAGGAAUCUAGUGCACAGCUCAACACCUCUCUUUGUUCAAAAGAAUCCAUUAAAACUGAAGAUACGAGGCAGUGUGUCCUGUGCCAGCAGUAUGGAGAUGCCUCCCCCAACGAGGCGGGGCGACUGCUGUACUUGGGACAGAACGAGUGGGCUCAUAUUAACUGCUGCCUGUGGUCGGCUGAGGUCAAUGAGCAGGCUGGUGCUCUGCUACAAGUGCACAGUGCUGUCUCAAGGGGGCGCCACUUGCGUUGCGAUCAUUGUGGGCAGUCGGGCGCCACAGUGGGCUGCUACCUCUCCUCCUGCCUCAGCAAUUUCCACUUCAUGUGCGCUCGAGUCAACAAGUGUGUGUUCCUGCAGGACAGAAAGGUGUACUGCUAUGCACACAGAGAGCUGACCAGUGCAAAGGUGGUGUCGGGAAAAGGGUUUGAAGUCCCUCGGCGGGUGUAUGUGGACUUCGAUGGGAUCAAUCUCAAAAAGAAGUUCCUGACUGGCCUUGAGCCAGAAAGUAUAAACAUGACAAUCGGUUCUCUCCAAAUUCAGAAACUCGGAGUGUUGUCUGAGCUGUCGACAGUCGGGAGGAUGUUGUACCCCGUUGGUUAUCAAUGUUCUCGGUUGUAUUGGAGCACCGUGGACCCCCGGAGACACUGCAAGUACACCUGUAAGGUGACAGAAGUGAGCACGCCUCUUCCUGGUGAGGAACAGGACCUGAAAUGGGACAAAGAAGAGAACCACACCAUUGUCCACAGUCCCAACCAUCUCAGAGAUUCAGAUAUGGAGUACUCGGACUGUUUCAGCUCCUCUUCCAGCCCAGUAAAGUCCACAACCCCAUCACCCAACUCCAAAGCAUACGACACAGCAGGCCCUAGAAGUCCUGGCUACUCACAGGCCAGGAGACCUGCAGGGGGAUCGUCACGUCCUCUCCCAUCGCCGGGUUCUGUUCACUACAAGUCGCACCACAUCCUGACUCUGAGGGACCUGGAGGACACCCGACGCCCUCGCCGUCUCUCAUCAAGAAGACGCUGCAGCUCCUCGCCGACAGAAAGCAACCCGUCUGUCCCGGCAAACCUCCACUCCGUCCGCUCCAGAUGUUCCCAGUUUAGCCCCCAUCCAAGAUCCUCCAACUCCCCCCCGCUCUCACCACAAAAUUCUACGUCUCCGAUUUUUAACUCCCCUCCUAGAUCCAAUUCCAGCCCUUCUGUGGGACUUUCGCCCCGACGCGGAGCCAUCACUCACUCUCCCAGAGGGGGGCAAAACUUUAAAAUCACAACCCCGGUGUCCGCAGAGGUUCCCCAAGACUUCUUGGCAUCAUCAGAGGCAGAAGAUGCAGCUGUGGCCACAACAAACGGGAUCUCCUUGGCUCCUGAUAACCUGGAGGAGGAGGUGGCCCAUUUGAUGUCCCAGGAGCUUCCUUACACCGUGUUUGACACAGAUGUAGCCGUGGCUUCCAUGCUGAACACUAAACUGGAGUUUGAGGAGGCUCUUCUGGCUGAGAAUCUGGCUCUCAACAGCGCUAAAGCAGAGGUAGAGGGCGAGGACAAUCAGGAGAGGGGCUCUGACGAUGAAGACUCGAGACAUUAUGGGAAGUUAUCCCGUACGGUCGUGAGUAACGCAGAGGGCAGCUCUGACGAAACCAUUCAGCUUCUCGCGGCCUCGUCAAUUUCUCAGCUGGACGGGGCAGAUGGUGGGUCGGAGAGCGAUGAAAGCGAGGCGCUAGAAGACGAAAUAAAAGUUCACUCCAUUCCAGACACACCCACAAAGCGUCUGUCUGUAACGCUGACCCGGUUGGAGCCGUUGUAUGCUUCGUCACAGUCCAACGCCGAGCAGCAAGUAACAGAAGUCGACAGCCAAGAAACUUUAUCCGCUCCGGAUUUUCUGGACUCACGUUGCGUAGGAAACGAUCUGUCACUGGUGGAGGAGGAGGUCUCUGUGACCACGCCAACGUUUCCAAAGGACGUGUUUAGAAAUUCUGCUGCAGAUCAUUUUGUUUCAUCUGUCAGUGACUCCGUAGACAUCUUGAGCUCCAGUUCGGAUGAUGACAAAGAUGAAGAUAACUUAUCAUCUGACUCAAGUGAGGUAUUUAAAGACGAUGAAACGGAUCCAGAUUUUCACCCGGAACUCGAGUCCAAAAAAUCUCCGACGGUAGUGAAGAAGAACACACCCGAGUCUAUUCCCAAGCAGGUGUUGCAGAGGGAGAGUUGUCAAUUCCAGCCAAACGUCAACAGCCUAACCCACCGCCUCGGACACGUUCCUUCUGCUCCCGCGAUGUUCUGUUCAGUCCAGCGUCCGGUCACGUCCCCCAUCGUCAUCAACGGCCUAAACACUUUGCCUGGUCAAGCCGGUCCCACGCAGGGCAGGAGAAUCGCUAUUCGCUUAGACACCUCGAAGCCAGGCGGUCAGCCGCAGAAGGAAGUGAUCCAGAAUCAGGCUGAGGAAGCAAACUCACCCGCUCCACCAGCUCCGGCCCGUCAGGUUCUACUUGUCAACCGUCAGGGGCAGAUUCUCCUCAAAGACCCGCUAACAAACACGUUUCAGGCUCUAAGUUCAAACUCCCCUGCUUACAACCGAAUAAGUCAGAUCGCCAAGAUUCUCCACAACAGAAACUCUGUGUCAUCUGUUCCUCGUGUCAUAAUAAAGUCUCCGUCCAGCCCCUCCAACCCAAACGCCACUCCUAUGAGCAACUGCGCAACGCUAGAGAAGAAAAUCAUCGUCAAAAUGUUGCCUGUGAAAAGCAGCCUUCUUUCAGCCUCCCCAGCUCCUGUCGGCAUUCAGACUGUUCCCAAACAGAGCGUCUCCAACACCCAAAGAAACCCUGCUCAAGCAAUCAUCGACCGAGCCAUGGCCUCUCAUCGAGACGCGUCGAGGCCAAAACCCAUCAUUCUCGGCAGCAAUCGCCAGCGAAAGCUUGGGCAUCAGGGACCGCCACAAGUUCCACACAUGAACAAUUCAGAUGAGUCCUCAGUGGGACACUCGAGGUCUUCCAGUGUUUUCAGUAGGGUUAGAGUAAGGAGAAUGCCCCCAGUGUCUGAAAGACACUCCAAGAAAAAAACAAAGAUUGAACUUCUGAAGGAUCUGUCGAGCGAACCGGAGGAGAUUCAGGAAGCAAGGACAAGUGGUGUUAGGAUGAAGGCACCAACAGUAAGCGAUGUCCUGGAUCUGAACCACGAAAGCAAGUCGAACCCAGUCAGGAUCAUGGCCCCACCACUUCCUGCGUCAAGCAGACGUCCACCUUCAUUACCACAAUCCAGAUUUGACCUGGAGACGAAAACUCACACAUGGGUCAGCUCUCGACACGGCGACCUCUCUGCCUGGGGUCCUUAUACAGGCUGCAGCUCAGAAGAAGAAGCUCCAGCUCUGAAACACAGAAAGAAGACGCGCAUGAAUCAGCCUCACCUGCGCUUUGAGAUCACUAGCGACGACGGCUUCAGCGUUAUGGCUAACAGCAUCGAGGUUGCGUGGAGAGCUGUGAUUGACAGCGUCCUGGAAGCUCGAGCAGAAUUCCACCUGAAGCAGCUUCCUCUGGGCGUGAUGAGCGGCCCACGGAUGCUCGGCGUCAUCCACGAUGCGGUCAUCUUCCUGCUGGAGCAGCUAGAGGGCGCUGCCAACUGCAGGCAGCACCGCUUCAGAUUCCACUGCUGCGACGACGUGGAGGAGGAGCUGCCUCUCAACCCAAGCGGCUGCGCGCGAGCUGAAGUCUACACAAGGAAAGCAACGUUUGAUAUGUUCAACUUCCUGGCGUCGCAACACAGAGCGCUUCCAAACUUAGUUGGUCAGUUUGAUGAAGACGAUGAUGAAUUUCCACUGAAAGGUUCAAGGCGAGCUACUAGCUCCGAGCUCCCCAUGGCCAUGAGGUUCAGACACCUGGAGAAGAUCUCCAAAGAAGCCGUGGGAGUUUACCGGUCUCCAAUUCACGGCCGUGGACUUUUCUGUAAACGGAACAUCGAGGCUGGGGAGAUGGUGAUCGAGUACGCCGGCACAGUCAUUCGCUCCGUCCUGACAGACAAACGGGAGAAAUAUUACGACGGCAAGGGCAUCGGCUGCUACAUGUUCCGCAUCGAUGACUUCGACGUGGUGGACGCCACCAUGCAAGGCAACGCAGCCCGCUUCAUCAACCACUCCUGCGAGCCGAACUGCUACUCCCGCGUCAUCAACGUGGACGGUCGCAAGCACAUUGUCAUCUUCGCCCUGAGGAAGAUAUACCGGGGCGAAGAGCUCACCUACGACUACAAGUUCCCCAUCGAGGACGACGAAAACAAGCUGCGCUGCAACUGCGGAGCCAGGCGAUGCCGCCGCUACCUUAAUUAGUACAAUUGCAUAAAAUCCACAAACUUUUUUUUCCUUAUGUGAAGUGCUCAUGAAGCCACAAACCAUUUUUAUGUCAAAUCCAGUCGUUUUUGCAAUCAAACAAACCAGAAAAGAGCCAGAAAUAUUAAAAAAAACUAUUUCCAGAGUGCAGGGUAAGUUUUGCAGUAUUCCUUUUUAGAUUAGAGUUACUAUUUCACACCCACACUCUUUCAGGUGCUGGCCUCUGGGUUCUCGGUGGGUUAUUACCCACACCUACUAACAGUGAGUGCGAGCAGAAGCUGAUUGCAGUCAUUACUUUGUAAAGAGGGAUUCAUUCCUGUGCUGUGAGACGUAGCGCCUCUGUACAGAGGAGGAGGAUGAGGAGAAUUUAUUCAGCACCUUACUUUGACACGACCUCCUCCGGCGAGCAUCGCCGUCACAGCAGGCAGGGCACGUUUUCGUUCUCACACAAAGUAAACACAUUGCACUCGAAGCACCUUGUGUACAUUUGUAGAGCAGCUACGUUUUAACUUCGCUCUAGUGAGCAAGGACUUCUGUAUUUUAGGUGCUGGUGAUAUUUGUCCCCUAAAAGUUGUUUCUUUACUGGACGUCCUGUUUCUCCUCGGCUUGGUCUGAUUUUUUUUAUUUGUAAUGGCAGAAAUGCUGUCAUGUUUUAUCCCACUGUCUGUUAGGUUUUUGUGUGUAUUUUAAGACUCAUGAGGGAAAAUGUUUCUUGUUGCAGGGUUCAACAUGAAUAUAAUCUUGCUCUGAAAUCCCUUAUUUUGUAUAUUUGAACAAUAAAUGUUUAUUCCACCAACUGA